UAGUGGUUCAAAUCAAGUCGCUUAACAUUUUAGUAUCAUUAAUUUUGAUCUAUUUAUUUAGAUCGGACAAAUCAUUGACAACUCUAAACGUGAAAGUUACGUUGUAUGGUUGACUGAGAGACGAGUUUAUAGUUGGUUGACUGUUUUUUGUGUACGCGUAUUGAUUAUCGCAGAAUCCGAAAGAAAUUAAUUUACGGAGACUUUAGUUAAACAAUAGUGGAAUUUGUGUUUGUGUUAUCAGCUACAGCACCCAUUAGCUCUUUGCUGGAAUUGGAUUGUGGAAAAGACCAUUAGGCUCUACGAAAAGGAAUCAACACAAUGGCUUUCGCGGGUCUUAAGAAGCAAAUUAACAAAGCAAAUCAAUAUGUCACAGAGAAAAUGGGAGGUGCCGAAGGCACGAAAUUGGAUUUGGACUUCGUGGAAAUGGAAAGAAAAACAGACGUAACAUGCGAGCUCGUGGAAGAGCUUCAAAUCAAAACAAAAGAGUUCCUCCAACCAAAUCCGACAGCGCGAGCGAAGAUGGCCGCCGUGAAGGGGAUCAGCAAACUGAGCGGGCAGGCGAAGAGCAAUACCUACCCUCAGCCAGAGGGCGUGCUAGGAGACUGUAUGCUGCACUAUGGCAAGAAACUUGGAGAGGACACUGUGUUCUCCCAAUGUCUCAUCGAAAUGGGUGAGGCCAUGAAACAGAUGGCGGACGUGAAGUACUCCCUCGACGACAACAUCAAACAAAGCUUCCUCGAACCACUGCAUCACCUGCAAACCAAAGACCUGAAAGAAGUUAUGCACCACCGAAAGAAACUACAGGGCCGUAGAUUGGACUUCGACUGCAAACGACGUCGCCAGGCAAAAGGCCAUGGCAAGGUGAGCCCUUACAUGAGCCCCAGCCACUGCAAUACUCCAAGACAGGAUGAUGAGAUACGGCAGGCUGAAGAUAAAUUUGCCGAGUCUCUGACGCUCGCGCAGAUUGGCAUGUUCAACCUUCUUGACAAUGACGUGGAGCAAGUCGCGCAGCUCACAUUCUUCGCGGAAGGGCUACUGGAGUACCAUCAGCAAUGCACGGAGAUCCUUCAAGGGCUCGUAUCGACGCUCAUGGAGAAGAAAGAGGAGGCCGUGAACCGUCCCAAGAUGGAGUUCGUGCCCAAGACCCUCGCCGACCUCCACAUCGAGGGUAUCCACGACCUGAACAAUGGUAGGCGGUACGGUUCCACCCAAAGCCUGUCCCGACCCCGCCAGCACAUCCCCCCCUCCUCGUCCGUCGGCGACCUCAGCACCAGCGACCCGUUCAAAGCCUGGGAGAUGCCCACCCCACCCAAACCCCGCCCUAACCCUACGGCGUAUCAGUUCAAACCUCACCCGGCGCCAAGAAAUCAGUUUAACGGCAGAGACCCAUGGAAAGCGUCGCCGCUGCCGUCGCCGGUGAAGUCUCCCGCGCGGACGCCGGUGGCGCCCGCCAAGGGCCCGUGCUGCACCGCGCUCUACGACUUCGAGCCUGAGAACCAGGGCGAGCUUGGAUUCAAGGAAAACGACGUGAUCACACUGAUCAACAAAGUGGACGACAACUGGUUCGAGGGCUCCGUCAACGGCAAGACCGGCUACUUCCCCAUCAGCUACGUUCAGGUCACCGUGCCGCUGCCCAACAUGUAAGCCCAGUCCUGGCCGUACCAUCUUACUGAGCGCUCACUCGAAAACUCAGAACAAAAACUAUGACUGAGAUCUGUAACAACAGAGUACAGUCAAACGCCUCGGCUACGAAACGCACACGCAUUGGACAAAACAAAUGUAUUGCGGUCGGCAUCAGUUUUUUUACAGUCCAACGGGGUUUUUAAUAGGGCCCCCUAUUCCUGAGUGCCCAAGGCCCCCCGUGUGUAUAAAGACGGCCUUGAGUGCACGCCAAGAACGUGCGUUCCGUGGCCCUCGGUAAUGACGCACCAAGUGGAGCUAUGUUUAGUACUGUACUAGAUGGUGCUGCACGGAGCCAUAUAUUGGGAAUUGAAGGAGGACUUGUGGCUUAAAUAUGAAUGCAUAACUGUACACUGUAGUGGCGAUACAUUCGAUAUUCCAAUGCGAUCGCGCGGCUGAGAGACCCGCGUUUGUAUCGCUGCGAAAUGUGUAAAAGCGGGAGACUCAUGUGCUAUUCCGCGUACAGUUCACGCAUCCUCCUUAUUCUAUCAUCAAAGCUUAGUGCUUGACCUUCCGCAAAUUUCACCAAACCGUACAGCACCACCUUGUUCAGUGUUAAAAAUCUACUCCCUUUCCUGCGUUUAAGUUUUUUUUUGUUUUUGGUUACAAACCUGUAUAGAUAGCGCAUUUAUAGUGAUUUUUCUGAGCUUUCAACUUGUGUGGGCUCGGUAAGAGUUGGGAUUAGCACCCUUCGCAACGCCGGCGACUUCGUGUCGGGGAUAUUUUGUCAAUCGCCUAGCCUAAUGUUUCUAUGUUAAAUCGUGUUUUGAAGCCAAUAUUCUAAACAAGCAGCUAUGUAACUUGUUUCUUACUCCAUAAUUGUGACACGCAACUGAAGAAGUGCGAAUUGAAUUUUAAAUAAUUUAAUACAAACAUGUAGUUUUAGUUCACGUUGUUGUCAACUUCUGUCAAACACCAUUUGAGAGUUCGUGUUAGACCAUGACUGGUCCCACUGCGGCAAUAUGAUUAUAUGAAUAUAAUAUUGUAUAAAUUACUACGUUCAACUUUUACAUGAACUGUAAUCGUGUAAAGGUCCGUAGGUAUACCGUUCAUAAAUAAAGUCAGAUUAGAUUCAAUGUUAACAACAAGUGAAGACACAAUGACUGCGUCCUUAAUAAGGCACAAAAUCAAAUAACAGGCCUCUUUGCGGCUACUAUAUUACGAAUGUAAAUUAUUCUACUGAAUUAAAAUCGCUGUAAGACAAGAGUACAUUUAUCUUAUGUUCGAUCAUUUGUUGUACCAUACAAAUAUCCCUUAAUGCCGCAUUUGAACGUGAUACGCAGAACUCUGCAUUAGUGGCGUACCUAAGCAAUAAAUUAACAUCAAAUAACAAGACAGGCAAAAUGUUUUCGACAGCGACGUAGUCAACGGGUGCUGCGUUUUCAAAUCGUUAUAAAAAUUGUUAUAUUCGCCACGCAGUAUUAAGUAGAUGCCUUCAUGAUUUCGUCUGAACUAUGUCAAAAGCUCAAUGUUAUAGUAAUGAAGUGUCCUCCCAAAUAAUACAUACUCAUUAUUUUAUCCGUGGAUCGGUUACCUUGUUUUUUACGAAUAUAUUUUGGUCACGUCUUCCAAGGUUUUUUUUUACCUGUCUGAUUUACCAUUGUAGCUAUUUUAUUGGACAUUCCAUAAUGUGUUUGCCUGUAUGAAAAUUACAUGAUUUUUUAUACGGAACGAGAGAUUUACCAUUCUGAUUUUACUACAUGAAAUUAUGAAAAUAAAUUGUAGGUACAGUCAGCGUCAAAUACUUUGUAGCAGUCAAAGUGGCCAAAUAGUUCGUUACACCAUACUAAAUAUAGGGUGUACCGAACUAUUUGGCUACUUUUAUGUUUGGGCUGAAUGAUUAAUGAUUAUAUUAGUUUAUGUUGUCGUUGCCAUUUAAUUAUUAUUUUUUACAUUUUGAUGUAUUGAGUGUGUCAGUAAGUAUGCUUUAAGUGCGACUGCAUUAUGUUAAUAUGGUAUUAAAGCAUAUGGCCGUGUUUUGGCAAACUACCAACCAAUGGUAAUUAAAUAGCAUUAGAACGUGUGUAAAGACAGAUACCUUCCAUCUUACAGCUAGGAAGUGUCUUACAAUAAUUAGAAUAAAGCCUAGAAUCUCUAGUCUGAUGAAGGAGUUUUGAGCAUCCCACCCCUGAAGCUAGAUACCUGUAGAGAUUGAUGAUUGAGCACGAGACUUGAGAAUCCUAGGCUUACGAUGAUUGUCUAGCGAGUAAUGAAGCACCAAGAUAAAGCCAUGCGGUGCGAAGAGUUAGCACACAUUUAUAUUAGGCUCAUAAGUUUACGACUCAUCAAGGACUAUUCACAGUACAGGGUGCGUAGUCAACGUGCCAAUCGUUUACGCUCCGUAGCGAACGAAACGCAACUGUCUCCGUCGCAUUAAUAUGGAAGAGUGAGAGAUGACUACGAUACGCUACGGAGCGUAAACGAUUGGCACCCAGAUACCUAGUACGCGGCUGUCUGAGCCUAAUGUACCUAACGUGACGCAAACUAGUUGGAUACGAGCGCGGCUCGUUGCCUUCGGCAGCAUCAAUUUUGAGAAGUGAUAUUUUCAAGUAAUGUUUGUAAAUUAGUUAUUGUGAGUCUAUUUUUGUAGAUGCGCUCUCACAUUUGUAUAGUAUUUCCUCUCAACGUAUGGUUAGCUGGACGCGUUAUCACAUUAUUUCAAAACAGUGACAGCACAGGACAUGUAUUAGGAUUAUGGUGUAAUACUAGUUAACAAUAUGAGAUUAGAUUUUAUAGUUAUAUCUUUGCGGGUAAUUAUUUAUCUAAAUGGAGAAUGUAUACAAUAUAUGUAAUACUUAUAGUUAAUUAUGAGAAUGAAGAUGUAUGUAAGAGUUGUUGCAAUCUUGCCAGGAGUUUGUGGCGUUUCGAUGUUUGAUGUUUUAUGGCGAAGUAUAAUAUAAACAUAUUAUAAUGUCAUUGUGAUAACGCUAGAUAUCGUGCUGUUGGUGCAGUGUCCUAAACCAUAUAAUUAUUACUUAAAUCAAUUUUACGUACCUAUAAUUCGCUCAUACUUUUAUAUAUUUUUUGCAUAAUAUUUUUUCUUUUUUAAUUGUAAACUAGAUUAUGUAUGAUUUAUACCAAAACAUAUUGAAUAGGAAUUUUACUUCAUGGCCUCUAUAAAAUAGUAUUGUUAAAUGUACUUGUAAUAAUAGCACUUAUUAAGUAAGAUCUUAAAUCGUCAUAUUUCACUUUGUCCAAAUAUUGAUGUUGCAGUAAUAUUGAACAUAAUUAUCUCAUUCGACUCAUUUUUAUAGUAAUCAUUAUAAAGUGAAUGGACCCCAUUGAAUCACAUUUCUGGCAUACAAAAGACAAUACCUAGAUCUAAUGUUAGUUACACGUAAGUUCAUGAUAAUUGUUCUAUCUUCAAGUCUCCUUAAUGUAAGUAUUUUGAAAGAAUAAUACAUUCAUUAAUGGUAUGAG